GGGGAAAUGGAAUGCUGUUGUGUAAGGCUUCCGUAGGCAGUGUGUAAUAUGUAGCCAGCUGGGAUUUCAGUGGAGAGAGUGAUUGUCAAAAAACUUCGCGAAAUUCUUGUCACUUUCAUUCGAUUUUUGCGGAAUUUUGGCAAUAAAUCGUGCCAUUUUCCUUACAAAAUUCCACUCCUGAGAGCAUGCAUAAGCUCAGCGAGAUAGUUUGGUGAAAAUUCUCGGUGAAAAGUGCAUUGUUCAGGAGUAGUUUGCAAGUGAACGGGAUUUAUCGUCCCAUUGUUAUUUUUAGUUGAAAUCUCGUACUUUCCGGGAGGCUCCUGCGACUUGGAAAAAGUAGUUUUUUUUGUGGGAAAAACGUAGAUAGGUAUUCCAGAGAUGGGUGACUCGGAGAGGCAACCUCUGCUGCAGGGUGAAAAUGCCGUGAAUUACAACGGGAACGAUGGGGAUUCAGAGAGAAAUGCUCAAGGGGCAAAUUCAACUACUGCGUCAUCUAUUGGGCCAGGGGAGCUCCCGCCCACCUUCCAGGCGGGCGCUGUGCCGAUGGUGACAUGCCGAGUGUGUCAGUGCAUGAUUGACAUCACAUUCAAGAGGGAUCAGCAUGUGGUUAAGUGCACUCAGUGCAGCGAGGCUACCCCCAUCCGGAACGCGCCCCCCGGCAAGAAGUACGUGCGCUGCCCAUGCAAUUGUCUUCUUAUCUGCAAGAGCUCAUCCCAGCGGAUUGCCUGUCCGCGCCCCAACUGCAAGAGAAUUAUCAAUCUAGCACCCAGUCCCGUGACACCGCCUGUACCCUCCAUGCCCGGCAUGUGCCGCGUCACCUGCGGCCACUGCUCCGACACCUUUCUGUUCAAUACACUUCAUAAUGCCCUUGCUCGAUGCCCCCAUUGCCGAAAAGUGUCUUCUGUUGGCUCGGAAUUUUCACGUGGUCGUGGCAUUUUAUAUUUCAUCAUUGGUCUUGUCUUUCUCGUCAUAGGCAUUGGUGUUACAGCUGGAACAUACUCAUAUGCAGCGAGUCACGGAGGGAUGUACGUCGCUUACAUAGGAGCUUUUCUUAUCUCACUCUUCCUAUUCGCUCGCAGCAUCUAUUAUUGUACUCUUAAGACUAGCACAAUAGAUGGUCCAAUGUAAUAAUGCGGUGGAUUUUUUUUUCAACAAAAAAAAAGUAUUUUCCCCGCAAAUAAAUAUAAUUAAAAAUUUGCUAAUAUUGUGCGGACUAAAAAAUACAGAGAAGAAAAAAAAAUGUAAGACCACUUGCAUGUGAAAUGAUGUGACACCAAAAAGAGAUGAGAAAACAAUGAUAAAGGCAUUCCUCUAAUUUUUCUUUCUUUCUUUCGUGUUUAUCCAAAAAAAGCAAGGUUUAUCGACAGAAAAAAAUUAUUACUCUAAUGAACAAGUAUCUAGCUAUCUUAUAAAUGUGAGAAAAUGAUUGAUAUAUUGUUGCUUUAUAAUGAUUUAUUUUUUAACAAUUUUUUUUGUGAGAACUUGGGAAAAAUAAUAGUAAAAAAAAUAUAUUAUAGGGUUAUUAUAAAACAAAAUAUAACAUUUAAAUUAUUUGAAUAAAUUGAAUGUGAAAUUGUAUUCUUACACUAAAAUGAAAGAAUAUUGAUAGUAAAAUAAAAUCUUGAACAUCUUACUAUGAUACAAUAAAAAGAAACUUGAAACAAUGAUGAUAAUUUGAGACCAUUGUCUUUCUUUUAUUUUUUUUGUAUAGCAAUAGAAGGUUAAAUAAAGAAUAUUUUAGUCUUUA